GUUUCGCUCCAUCAUCGAAGUGGUGGACGACUUCCGUACGAUAGCGUUGGGCCAAAUGCGUGUCCACUACCGGUCGUACAUGGAGUCGGGCCAACUCGGCCGCGUGGAACUGUUGCCCAUAUCGUGGCACCAGGCACUGCACGGCGACGAGACCGGCAUAGAUGAUAGGUUAAGGCAGAUCACCCUGGACAGUAUACCCAAGUUGAGGCACUUUUCCAACGAUACCAUUUUGGACGCCCUGUUCUAUACGAGUCCCGUCUAUUGUCAGACUAUUGUGGACAGUGUGGCCCGAGAGAUGAACCGCCUGUUUGAUCUGUUUUGUACCAGAAACCCGAACUUUUGCGGAACGGUAGCCCUCGGCGGCCACAGUCUCGGCUCACUAAUCGUAUUCGACAUACUGGCCCACCAGCCGGUGGACAACUGCCCCCCACAACCGGCCACACCCGACACCGCAGCCAAUACAGACUCAAUACACACGCAAACAACACCACCGCUGACUACAAGACCGACGCAAACAGUAGACAACAGUCCCACGGGUGGUCAGACGCUGGGCUUUCCAGCCAUAAACUACCCGACCCUCGCGUUCAAGCCGUCAGCCCUGUUCGCCAUGGGCUCACCGCUGCCCAUGUUUCUCACCGUACGUGGCGUACACUGCCUGUCGCCCGACUACAGGCUGCCCACCUGUCCGGCCGUCUACAACAUCUUC